GCCGAGGGUCAGCAGGCCUGGGGGUCUCCCUUGGACGGCCUGUGCCCCAUCCCCUCUGCUGAGGCCUGCCCAGGGCCCCCGCUCCCGGGACCCAGUGAGGUCCAGUGGAUGAUGGGCCGCCAGAGCUGGGCGGACCCCUCCAGCAGCCUCUGCCGGCCCUGCGGGUCUGCGGCAUGGGGAGGCCAGCUCGUGGGCCCCGAGAACCCCGCGCCCUCCUGCACGCGUCACCCUGGCAGUGCUGGCCUCGGUCCUCGGAGCAAGCCACCUCGUGCGGCCAGUCCGCGAGGGCCGGGGUACCCACUGUACCAGCUGGGCAGCCCCCAGCUCCGCGUCUUCCGCACCAACUUCUUCGUCCAGCUGGUGCGGCCUGGCACGGCCCAGCCCCAGGACACCGUGCAGUUCCGGAUCCCCAUGGAGAUGACCAGGGUGGACCUCAGGAACUACCUGGAGCGCAUUUACAACGUGCCGGUGGCCGCCGUGCGGACGAGGGUGCAGCACGGCUCCCACAGGAAGCGGGACCAGAGGGGCUGCCGCGUGAAGAAGCCCGACUACAAGGUGGCGUACGUGCAGCUGGUGAGUGGGCCUGGCCGCGGGGUGUCGCCCGGCUGGCCUCGGGGGACCGGCCCCAGCCCCCAGAGGGAGGCGGACGCCCAGCUGCUCCCCGGGGGCCUGCAGCCCCACGCCGUCCCCCCUUCUGGAGCCCUGCCCCCCGCUGGAGCCCUGCCCCCCGCUGGAGCCCCUCGGCCGCGCAGGCCCUGGAACCUUCCCCCAGUGUCCAGCAACCACACCCCGCUGCGGGCCCUGGGCUGGGGUGCGGCGCCGGCCGGGCACUAGGUGGCGGUAGCGCGCUGCCGGGCCUGCUGUCCAGGCGGGGCCCUGCCCGCUCCCGGCCGCUCCCAGCCGCGGUGGCUUCAGCCUGCCUGUGUGUGCGCUGGAGCCGGCCCAGGUGGGGCGGCCGUUGGCCUCAUAAAGGGGCCUUGUCCUGCCGUUAGUGGGGCGUCUGUCUUUGGCACGCAUGCACCCCGCCCCCACGCCCGGGCCAGCGGCCGCAGGUCCAAGUGGCUUGGAGCCUCCGAGAGGCCCUGCCCCGGGCCUGCUGCGGCCCAGGCCCGCGAGGCCACUCUGGGGAUGGACAGCGGCUGCCGGGGGCUCGGGCCCUGGCCGGCCGCCUGCUCCCCGCACGCACAGCCCAGCCACGUCCUUGUUUUCCUAGAGUAUAAGGCGAACCGGCCCUGGGACCCUGUCACGCCCACAAACGGCCCUCCUCGCAUCUCGGGGAGCCCCGGCGGCUCUCGGGGGUCCCCCAGGCUGCUGUGACUGGCUCUGCUCAUGCUCUCAAGUGUCACUUUGGGCUUCUGCCUGUGGGAGCUGGGGGGGCCAAUCGCCGCGUCAAGCCCAAGUCCCAGCACCGGGCCGUGGCCGUGGGGGGCCCCUGCGGUCACCCCGGGCCCGCCCCUGCG